UUCUACCUGUGUACGACAAUACCCCCCCAAGCCAUACCUAACUAAUAUCCAGUCCUUCUACUACUCUUACCCAUCUUUUCUCCAAAAAUUCAGACCUCCAAGACUUUAUCCCCGGACACCCCUCCCCCGGCCGUCUGGCUGUACACCGACGGACACACCCACGCCCACUUGGGCAGCUGAAUAGUUCUGGCUGACAGACGGAAUCUUGUCAUAGGCGCGAAUUACCAAAUUGCAUGUACUAUGGCUAAGGAUAAUGACAAUUCCGCCGCAAAUCCCCCCCAAUCAAAAAGACCGCCCGUCAACCGCCAUGACAGCGAUUCUCAAGUCAGCGACCACGCAUCCCACCAACAACAUCACCGAUCCAAACCCCAAAAACACGUUGUAGGAGCCACUGGACGCUUUCACCCUCGCGUACCAUCGUCUAAAACCUUACAUAAAUCCACUACUAAACUGACACGACGGCCCCCUUCUCCCUCUCCUGAGCGCGCGCCUGUAGCCGCCCAAUCACACCGUAACUCCAAUUCAGAUGUUAAACUGCAGCACGACCCGUCAUCCUCCAAUCUGAACAACAAGAAUCCCUCGCAGUCGAGUUUGAAGCGCAACCGUUCGCACGUCGAAAUAGGAAAGCGACCCAAAUCCACAACAAGCAUUAAGCGAUCUUCGUCCCACAAAGACGUUAAUAAGCUAAAAGGCGCAAAAAACCAGGUCCAUUUCGAUCUCGGUAGCGAACAAGAAGACGAGUGGGUUGAUGCAAGCGCAUCCGCAUCACCAUAUUUGUCAAGACGCGGCUCGGCUGUUAGUACCGAAGGAAAAGCGCCGCACAGCCGCGAUAAUUCACCACCUCAAACUCCCCACGAAGAUAUAUCAAUUCCCAAGAAGGAGUCCUCGCCACGUCGCGAAACGGCCCAGCACAACCAAUAUUUGACUUCGCGACUAUUACAACGUACACCCUCUUCUGGUGCUCCGCCCCAGAUGUCCACCGAGACCGUAUCCGUGCGCCAUCAAUCGGGCUCGCCCGAGUCCCAACUCAGUCGCGGCCAAACGAGUCUGUACGGGACGCCCAAGAAUACUGCUGUGGUAGGCAGUGGACAGGAAGAGCUGAUUUCUCGCUUUGUUAACGGUUCCGGUCCCGGCUCUGGUCCCGGUUCUGGUCCAAAUGUCGAGAAUGGGGGUUUCUAUCCGCCAACACGAAACCCGAGCCACCGUCCUGAGGGCGUACGGCGGCCUCAGUCGCUCGGUAACCUGAACCAAAAUUAUCGAAUCUCGAUAAGUGACGAUGAGACCGAUAGUGCUUUAGCUCCUCGGACAAAAAAGACGGCGUAUAAACCCGCGCCAGCGGAAAAGUCGCGGACGCAGCAAAAACUGAACCUCCAACGAGCGAGCUCAUCUAUCGAACCACCGCAACCAGUUGGCGGUGUUGGGGUUGGGGGCGUGGGUGUAGGCCCCUUAGCUAGCGGAUAUAGCUACGAUAACCGGGAUCCGCGCAUGGGCAAGCUACUUGAGCGUACAGGUAUGGAGUACCUCGUGGUUAGGCGGUAUCAGAACCCGAUCGCGCGUUCAAUAGAGAGGUUAUCGCAUCUACCUAGUGCAAGAAAGAAUCAACAUAUACCUGAUCAGAACGGAAGCAACGGAACAGCAAACGGGAAAAGAACAUCAGGCCUGGGCGGUGCAAGCCGCCUUGGCUUAAGCCAGAGCCUUACGGAUCGGGCUAAAUCAAGACCUGCGACACCGUCACAAGGAACAUCGAUACGACUGAACGGGUCAAGUUCUGGUUUUGAUGGCGAUGAGGAAAGACUCCACGAGCGAUUAAGUGGGUCUAGUUACGCGGACGGGGAAGACGAUGGCAUCGCAGGCAUCUUGCGGAAUCUUUGGGACAAGAGCAUGGAUCUCAGCGCGAGCCAGGACUGAUUUGGUUCUAUUAGGGAGGCGUUUGAUUUCGGGUAUAACCUCGAGCCGGCUGGAAACGCGAUGAGACUAUCUACCUUAAAUUACGAGACGAUUCAUCAAAAGUGGAUUAUAAUUGGUAAUGUUAUUUUUCCCGGCGUCUGUUGCCCGCAUUAGAUGGGAUGGGUCAUUCAUUAUGUUCUUCAUUGACCAUUUUGAGUCGCUCACUUUUCACGUCAUGUACAAGGCGUGCGGGCGUCUACAUCCGUGGCAUAGUUCAAAACGGGUUCGGC